AUGAGAAAGUCAGGCAGAUACCAAGACGAAUCAUCAAAUGCAAUGAUUCAAAGCAUUGUCCCCUCAGCUGGUAGUACUUGGGGAGGUAACCGUCCCGGAAUUGCAAAGCUUCCAACAGCCAGUCAGCCAAACUUGCAGUGUAAAAUCAAUAUGAUGGGAAUCAUGACUGAUUGCAAUUUUUAUAUCCCUGAUGUAACAGGCGACCCCACUGGCAUGGCAUUCCGUGUUGCAUAUGAAGCUGCCACAAAGUGCAUUAUUCCUAACCAUGUAAACAAGUUCAUUGCUUAUGUGGGAUCAAUGUUGUGUUCCGUGGUUCCUGAUUUCAGAAACUCUGUCGAAGCAGCCCUAAAUGAAAUAGGCAUCCGGCCUUGUUUCGUAAGUUUACCAUCCCAGGCAUGUGCAAACAAAAUUGUCGAUUCUGAGGUUACUCGAUUGGAUUGGUCUUCCAUCCUUUUUAUUUUCAGUUAUUGUGUCCUUACUCUUUUCAAGAUCAAGACAUCAUAUCCUUCUAAAUUCAGUAAUAGGGACUGGAUUGAUGAAUUACGGUCAAAGAUUGGACGCUUUCCAAGUAACUGUCAUUAUAUACCAUUUCAUGUGGACAAAGAAAGAGCAAUUAGAAGAAUGCUUAGUACUCACGAUCUUCGCAAUUCUGUUAUUACAUUCCUCAUGAACAAUUUCAAUCAUUCUGAUUCACAAAUUUGUAGUUUGUGUCAACAUUUGAGCGUCAUUUUAUCCUGGUCAGGCGAUAUGAAUGUUUUGACUGUUAUAAUGGAGAUGUUAGUCGAGACUGAAUCUCCUGUUCUGUUCUAUUCAGUGGUUAGAGGCGAGCUUGAUAAUUUCAAAGAGACCUGCAGUGUUGUUCUAUCUCACACUUAUCCUCAGUUUUUUAGUCAUAUGUAUUAG